AAGUUGUUUUGGAGCGAAACAAGAAUGAGAGGGAAGCACAUGGUUAAUUAUCUGAAGUGAUGAUCCUAUCCAUCCACCCAAACCUAAUUAACAGUAGAGUCUAAGAUGAAAUUAUGAGGGUGAUUGUUUAUUAUUAGUGACGGAAAGCGGUAUAGGAUGAGCUACAACUCUUCUCAAUAUUUGAUACAAAAUUAUAAUUGUGUAUUCAUGUGUUAAGAAAAAAAAAUAAGGACUAUUGUUUAGGGAUGGCAAAAAUAUUCAUAACUGUGGAUAUCCGUCCGAAUUCGAUCUAAUUGGGUAGGGUAAAACCCGAACCCGAAGGACUUUUAAUGGGUAUGGGUAAAACUCGAACCCGAAUAUUGCGGGUAUUGGGUGGGCAUGAUUUUUUCACUAUCCAACCCGACCCCGCCCGAUUAUACACAUGCAUAUGUAUUUUGUCUACAAAUAAUCAAUAUGUUUCUCUAACAUAUUUUUUAUGUAGAAAAUAAAUAUAAUAUUUUUAUGAAAUUGUGUUGUUUUAAUUAAUUUUCUUCAUUCUAGUGAAUUAUUGUCGUACUUUUCGUCUUACGUAACAUGAGAAUACGUGUGAAUAUUAACAUAUUGGUUGGAAUUAUAAAGAGAAACUAUUAUCCAUGGAUAACCGUGAAAACCCGAAACCCGAACGGGUAUGGGCACGGUUUGGAUUUUCUAUUUGUUUCUCAUGUGGGUAUGGGUAUGGAUAAAACCCGACCUACUUUAAAUAGGGUAACGAAUAUGUACUAUCCGUCCUCGACUCGACCCAUCGUCAUCCCUACUAUUGUCUAGCAUCUAAUUAACUUUCGGAUGAAAGAAGAAAAUUCAAUCAUUGUAAGAGAACAAUUCGAGUCAAAAGAGAGCCAACAUUUAGUAUUAUUUAUCAUCAUGGGUGUCUCUUAGACAUUAUGAUGAUCCAUUUGGCCCAUUCCCUCCAAAGAUUACUAAAUUUCUCAAUCACCACAACGUGUUGGUCUCACCACUUUCUGAAAUAAGGCUCUUCCUUUUCUAGACUACAUUCCUUUAAAGCAUAAUAAUUAGUUAUCAUGCACGGCUUGCAAGUAAUGGUGGGAUCCAAAAGCUGAUUUUUUCAUUAUGAUUCUUGCCAACUAUUGGAUGAAAUCAGCCUGACGUAUGUGGAUAUCAAUUUACUUCCGAAUAAUACAAUAUAAACUCAUAAUGGGUACAUUGAAAGGAUUUUGAUCUAGUUAUAACGCUUAAAGUUUACGAGUCAAAAUGAGUUUGGAUAUAUCGAGUUAAGGAUUAACAUGGAUGGUUGGUAGUCGUGGAUUAGGGCAUUGCAUGUCAUACGUUAAAACUAGUUAGGUGAUUGUAUGUUGCGAGACAUGUUAUACAUAAGACAUCAUGGACAAUAUGUGGUAAGAAAAAGAAAAAUCGACAAAGGGCUGCAGGAGACAUACAGGUAACAAGCAAGUAAGCACCACUAACUGCAACGGUCCGACCUGUUUGAUUGGAUCUCGACGAGUAUCGGUGAAAGAGUCAUGUGUCUCAACUAGUCUUCUAGGCAACUGUUCAGUCUUUCAGUUUGUCCAUCUGUCUGGGAUGGUAAGCUGUGGAGUAGUGUAGAUCCCCACCUUGUAAUUCAAAUAGCUUGGACCAAAAAAUUGUUGUGGAGACUGCAUCUUGUCUAAAACAAUGGUCUGACAUGCCAUGGAGCUUGAAUAUCCCAUCAAUAAACACUUGAGUCAUUCCCAUUGUUGUAUAAGGUCUGCUAAUGCUGAAGAAUUGUCCAUGUUUGGAGAACCUGUCCACCACUUUCUUUCAUGUAGACUUAGGAAAACCAUCAAUGAAGUCCAUAAAAAUGUGUUGCCAAGUUCUUUCGGGUAAUGGCAAGGACUGCAAUAGAGCAGGAUAUGGUACAUUCUCAAUCUUACAACGCUUGCAUAUAUUGCAUUCUUUCACAAAAUCCUUAACCAAGUCACUAGAAGUAUCUCUUGAGACUUUGAUAAGUAGCAUGCACUCUAAGACACCACCUACUGGUGGGUCAUGAAACAACUGAAAACUUCAGACUCUCAUAUUCCCUACUGAGCCUACAUACAAAUGCAUAUCUAUGGUAUAGCAAGUUGUGUUUUACUGAAUUCAUCCUAAAUACAAAUGCAUAUCUAUGAUAUAGCAAGUCGUUUAGUAUCACACACUCGGCCGUAAAAAUACUUAUUCCUACACUUGUAACAAACUCUUAUCACCAUGUUGCCUUUUUAGUCAUUAGCAGGCAAUGUAUGCUUAGCAAGUUGAGCCUAGGAUUUUCCAACUUCCUAAGGGUGGAGGAUGAGUCUCCUGCAACUGUACUAACAAUUGGUUGAGUUAUUAAACCCCCUUAGUUUUCUUCUCCUUGUUUUAUUAGAGACUUCUUCCAGCUUAGACAAUUUAUUAUCUUCUGGUAUAUUUAUUAUUCCUUCUAGAUAUUCGUUUAUUAUUUUUACUAAUUUAUCUAUCUUAUUGAAAAAAAUUCCAUUAGCCAUUCUAGUAAUAAUAUGUUUAGAAGGUUUUCUAAUUUUUAUAUUAAACAGUACUUGAUGAAAUAUAGUUUUGGAUGUUUUGACUACCAAAAGGUAAUUAAAUUAACCAUAAAAAAAGAUAAUUAAAUUCAAGAUUGGAUGAAAAACUAGACGAAUGCACAUUUCAGAGACUUUAAUGAUAUCCGAUGAUACCCUAUUCAAACUGAAGUGAUAUGUCUACUCCAAUUCUAAACUUAAAUGGUAUCUAAGGUAUUUUACCCAAUAAAUUCCAAGUUUCGGGAUAUCUUGAACCUCAAGAGAUUUCUCCUUUCUUACUUUUGGUGAAAAUUCAAGAGAUUUUCCUUACACAACUGAAACUGCGAAGAGAGACAGCAAUAGAAUUCUACACAGCAACCCACAACCCAAGUUUGACUCCUUUUUUGGUUUCCUGACAAAAUUGGGAAUGCUUUCUGAAGUUCAACCCCAAAAAUUGAAAGCAGAAAGGGGAAAUGAAAAAACAAAAUCAAAAUGGCAGCUCUCGAACUAUUUACCAGUAUUGAAAAGAAAACAAAGCAAAGAUGACGAUGAUGUGUGAUUCCCUUUCUUUCCUCACCUUCUCCAUAAGUCCCAGAGAAUAUAGCAGACUGAUCAAUUUGGAAGAUCACAACAAUGUCCCAACCUUCCCUUAAUUCAAAACCCCCCCUUAACUCCCACUCUCUACUCUACUGUCAUUCUUCUAGAGAUUAACUGAAAAAAACAGAGCACAAUUACUCUGUUUUCUCCCUCUCUCUGUAGUCUGUACUGACCACUACAGCAAACAAAAAAGAAAAAGUGUAUUCAGAAAGUGAGCCUCUGCCCAUCUGGGUCCUAUUUUAAUAUGCUCCUCUCCUCUCCUAUUAAUGCUCCCCCAUCUCCCCCAACCUUUUUCUUUUGUGCAUUUGUGUGUGUGCUCUCUCUGUCAGAUUUCAAUACCAAGAGAGAGACCACCAGAAUCUCUGUUACACAUAACCCCAAACUAUUCUACAAGAAACAGAGGAGAGAGAGAGAGCUGUUUUGAGGAGAACAGCCCAACUACUGAACAAAUUAAAAAAAAAAAAAAAGAAGAGCUGGUUGGGUUGGUUGUUUCUAUAGUUUCUUAUUCGAGGGGGGUUAUUGAGUCUUGAACUUGUAGAUUGAGUUUUGUCUUUCCUCGAAUGGCAAUGAGAGCGUGCUCCAAUUUUGGAUCGACAUGAACAAGAAGAGAGAUGAAGAAGCUGGCUGAAGCAGAAGAUGGCUCAAUAUUUCCAUGGAGAAGAAGACAACAAAAAACCCACCUUCUCCUUCGUCUUCCUUCGCAACAGGAACCUACCACCACAUUAGCCCCAGCGAUACAAACAACACACAAGCAACUACAUUAUUAUUAUUAUUCUUCAAAAAUGGCUGCUUCUUCUUCUUCUUCUGCUACUACCCUGACUCUUUCUCUAUCUCUAUCCCACAUUUUUGUUGCUUUCCUGCUUGUCUCCCUCUGUUACUCCGCAUCCCCUGUCUCGUCGGAUUCCUCAGCCAACAGCACCCAGACUUUCCUGCCAAGGAAAGAACUGCUCAAGCUUAAGAGAGUCAAUGCUUAUCUCAAGAAGAUCAACAAGCCUGCUGUCAAGACAAUUCAGAGCCCUGACGGUGAUGUGUUUGACUGUGUAUUGUCCCAUCUUCAACCAGCAUUUGAUCAUCCCCUGCUCAAAGGACACAAACCCUUGGAUCCACCAGAGCGGCCAAAGAGCAAUGAGACAUCAGGAACAGAGGAAAUAAUAGCAGAGAGCUUCCAGCAAUGGCACGAUUCAGGGGAAUCCUGCCCUGAAGGAACCGUUCCAAUCCGAAGAACCACGGAGAAAGACGUUCUUAGAGCAAAUAAGCUCAGGCGAUUCGGAAAGAAGCCCAUCAGACAUCUCAGGAGGGAUUCUUCUGGAAACGGCCACGAGCACGCAGUGGUGUUUGUGAAUGGAGAGCAGUACUACGGAGCCAAGGCGAAACUAAACGUGUGGGCGCCAAAGGUCACCGAUCCUUACGAGUUCAGCUUGUCGCAAAUUUGGGUCAUCUCUGGCUCUUUUGAAAAUGAUCUCAACACCAUUGAAGCUGGUUGGCAGGUGAGCCCUGAGUUGUAUGGGGACAGCUACCCGAGAUUCUUCACUUAUUGGACUACGGAUGCAUAUCAGGCAACAGGAUGCUACAACCUGCUGUGUUCUGGGUUUGUUCAGACCAACAACAAGAUAGCCAUUGGAGCUGCAAUAUCUCCCAGGUCGUCUUACAGGGGAAGGCAGUUCGAUAUUGGCCUAAUGGUCUGGAAGGAUCCGAAGCACGGGCACUGGUGGCUGGAGUUCGGGUCGGGUCUCCUGGUGGGUUACUGGCCGGCGUUCCUGUUCAGCCACCUGAGGAGCCACGCCAGCAUGGUGCAGUUCGGCGGCGAGAUUGUCAACUCGAGGUCCACCGGCGCCCACACCUACACGCAGAUGGGGAGCGGCCACUUCGCCGGCGAAGGGUUCGGGAAGUCGUCGUACUUCAGGAACCUGCAGACGGUGGAUUGGGACAACAACUUGCUGCCUCUCAGUAGCAUGCAUUUGCAGGCCGACCACCCUAAUUGUUACGAUGUGAGGCAAGGCAGGAACACGGUUUGGGGCACGUAUUUUUACUAUGGAGGUCCUGGGAGGAAUAUGAGGUGCCCUUAAUUAAUUCACAAAAGUAUGAUCAUGGGUUUUUCUUUUUUUUUUUGGGUUUUGUUAUUAGUAAAUUAUCAUAUAUUUUUUUUUAUAUAAUUUUGUGCUUGCUAAUAAUAUAGAUUUGGAUUGGUUUUCUUGGGUUUUUUUUUACUUUGUAUUUGUAUCUUUAGGGUUGAGGUCUUCUUUCUAUAUGUAACAGGCUGGUAUUGUGUAUAAUUUUUUUUUUUUUAGUACAUGAUGUGAAUGAAAUCGGAGUGGCGUCUUUAUCAUUUUUUGAAUAGGAGUGAAUGAAACAACUCGAAAAUCCUGCUCAUUUUGUUUGUGUCACUUGAUUUAGUACGCCCAUAUUUAUCAAACUAAAUAGAAUUUUAGGGGUGAAUGAGACAUCGGGGCGGUGAAAUGUAAAAUCAAGGUGAUUGUGGAUGAGUGCGAUUCGGGUUUACGAAACAAAACCAAACCGACCUAUGAACUGCGUUUUUGUUUUCUCUCGUUUUCUUAGAAUUUGGUACUUUUUAGCUGACAAAACUUUAUCAAUGAACAAACGUUAUGUCUGAACAAAUAAUUCACUGAAAUUAUAAGCCAUCAUAAGUAUAAAUACAUGUGAGAUCCAUAAAAUAUUUGAAAGUUCUUCUAUUCAACCCUUUUUACUUAUGCUUAUUGCUACAUUCUCUCGUCUCAUCUUUAUUUUGCUAAUACUAUAGCAACUUCCGUGUACAUUUCAAAAAGUUCAAAUCCUUGAUAGUUGGACAUAUAACUUAUAACCAACAUCCAACAAUUGAAAGUAUAAUAAUACUAGUACAACUAAUAAAGAGAUGUUUUUCUUAACAUUUGAAACAACAAAUACCUAAUCUUGGGAACCAAUUUUCUUUUUUGGUUAUGGGAAGGUGAGACUGCAUGUGGGUAUGGAUCAGGAAACUACCCAUAUUUUAAGAGGGUGGGUUUGAAAAUUGGGGUUGGCCAAUGAAGCAAUGGAGAAUCUCAGUUGUUGCUAUUUUAUAAUGCACCAGUUCAAGAUUGGGAUUCAGUCAAAACACCAAAAAAGAAAAUUAAAGAUUGGGAGAAGAGAAGAAUAUUGCUUCCAAGAGAGUCAAACCCUCCAAUAUGAUCUUCAGGCUUCCAGCCAAACCCUCCUUAUCCAACAAAGGGCUUUGUCCUUUUCCAACAUGUAACCAUUUUGAUUUACAUAUUAAAUUACUCACUUGGAGAAUUGCAAUUACAGUCCCCAUUUUUUGACAAAUUUGUUUUGUGUUACUUUUUAGUUUUGUAUAGUGGUCAUGUCCUGUUACCAAAUUCCUGACUGGAAGUGGGCAAUCACCAUGUUCAAAGGGCAAUGAGCCAAUGACUCAUUCUUGUGAAGUAGUGAAGUACAUUUGAGAGAGGGGAGUCUAAAGGGCCAAUUCAACUGGGAAAAGGGGGCACUAAAAGAUGGCAUGAAGAGUGCUAAAAAGAAAAAGGAAGCAACUUUGUGGGACUAUUGCAAGUAAAGUAAAGCAAAGCAACUAGUAGAUGCAAAUAAAAAGCUGAGCCCAUUUCAUGUUCAGAUGUUCCUCUUUUUGGGUUCUUUUGUUUUGUCGAAAAUCUCUUACGAAUUUAAAUUGGCGAAGUUAUUCGAACAAAUGAAAAUAAUCAAUGGCA